CCUCCCUGUAUUUAAGGGCAAUAGACUGGACGUACUCUUAUCGCGCAAUGUUACCGUCUGUGUGAUUUUUUGUCUAAUUAACUUGGUUAGUAGGAUAUGACGAGAAUGCUACAAGGGACUAUUUUCCGGAGCUGGAUUUAUUAUUUGUCCCCUGUAUUUUACAUAUGGAGUGAAGCGGCGGCACAGAUUGUGUAUACUAUUACGGAGGAGUCGAGCCCGGGUACCAAUGUGGGAAAUUUGGCAAAGGAUUUGCAUCUAGAUGUUAAUGAACUGGAAGCCAGAGGUUUUCAAAUUUCAGGACCUAAUACGAGGUAUUUCGAAGUAAACGUUAAGACGGGAGUACUGUUGGUGAAAGACAGAAUAGACCGAGAGGAGCUAUGUUCUCGAAAUGUGAAGUGCUCACUGGAAGUAGAAGCCAUUGUGAGCUCCCCGCUGAAUCUAUAUCGAUUCGAGGUUACAAUUUUGGAUGUAAACGACAAUGCGCCCUCGUUUCGGAUACCGGAGGUUGUUUUGAAUGUCUCCGAGUUAGCGUUUCCUGGUGAGAAAUUCGCUCUCCCAAAUGCAUUUGAUGCAGAUGUCGGAAGUUAUUCAGUGAAGAGCUACAAGCUGAGCCAAAAUGAGCAUUUCACACUGGAUGUGCAGAAUGUUGGAGAGCCCACUAUGUCUGCUGAAAUGGCACUGCAUAAAACCUUAGACCGCGAGAAACAGGCUGUUAUCAAAUUAACACUGACAGCUACAGACGGAGGAAAACCUCCUAAAUCAGGCACGUUAUACAUCACCGUUAAUGUGCAAGACGUCAAUGACAAUAUUCCAGAAUUUGACAAACCCCUGUACAAAGCCACAGUGGUCGAGAACACGCCGCGCGGUGCAAGCGUAAUUUCCGUGCAUGCUCGAGAUUUAGAUGAGGGUCUUAAUGGAGAAAUACAAUAUUCUUUUAUUAACCAAGACAAUGAUAACGAUGUCGACAAAUUUGCCAUCAAUCCCAUAACAGGGGAGAUCACAGUAAAUGGGGAGCUGGACCACGAAAAACACAGUGCAGUUGAAAUUCGAGUCCAGGUGAAAGACAAAGGGCAAAACCCAAGAGCAUCUCAUUGUAAAGUUCUCAUUGAAAUCACAGAUGUUAAUGAUAAUCCACCAGAAAUUACAGUUACAUCUUUAGCCAACAUGGUGAGGGAGGAUGCACCCCUAGACACAAUGGUUGGGCUUUUAACGGUGAAGGACUAUGACGCAGACAAAAAUGGCAUCGUUCAGGUUAGAGUACUUGAUUCUGUGCCCUUUAAAAUUAAGAACACAUAUAAGAAUCAUUACUCUUUAGUCGUAGACGGAACUCUAGACAGAGAACGGGCUUCUCAGUAUAAUUUAACAAUAAUGGCGACAGAUGAAGGGCUACCGCCUCUUUCCAGCACGAGCGUGAUUACGGUUCACGUUUCUGACGUUAAUGAUAACGCACCGCGUUUUACAGAUCCUGUGAUAAAUAUUUUCGUAAAAGAAAACGGUCCAGUCGGCGCUGUUAUUUAUAGCAUGAGUGCAGAUGAUCCUGAUGUAGACGAAAAUGCAAAAGUAACAUUUCAAGUCAUAAAUAAUAACAAACACAAUGUUAUAGGGUCAGUUAUUAACGUGAACUCUGAGACUGGAGAUAUAAUCAGCCUGCAGUCGUUUAACUACGAGGAGUUAAAAACUUUCCACUUUAAAGUUCAGGCCACAGACUCUGGUGUUCCUCCACUCAGCAGCAACGUCACUGUCAACGUUUUUAUCCUGGAUGAAAAUGACAAUAAUCCAACAAUCCUCGCGCCAUACUCUGAGCACGGCUCCGUUAACAGUGAGAACAUCCCCUAUUCUGCUGAAGCGGGAUACUUUGUGGCAAAGAUCAGGGCUGUAGACGCAGACUCUGGAUAC